UAAAAUUCUUCAACUUUACAAAAUUAUAUUAAAUAAAUAUUAGAAAAUGUAUGAAAACAUAGAUUUAUCAGCAAAAUUUGAUAAUUUUAAAAAUGUGUAUCUCAUGGAAAAGCAUCGAAUCGACAGUUAUAAAAAAUGGCCAUUUAAUGAUAACUUUCCCUGUAGUGUUGUGAAAAUGGCUGAAGCGGGUUUCUUUUGGAGUGGUAAUGAUAAGGAAAAUGAUACCGCGACAUGUUUCGUCUGCCAAAAAACCUUACAUGGAUGGGAAUCUACAGAUAAUCCUUGGAAGGAACACGCGAAACAUGCGCCACAAUGUCAGUUCGUUAAAUAUGGUCGCAAAGAAAAAGAUUUGCUGCUGGAAGAGUUUCUCGUAAUAUUUGGCAUAAUAUAUAAAAGUAAAAUGCAACGAGAAAUAAACCGGAUUAGGGAAGUAUUUAAAGCCGAAGUAUCGGAUGAACUAGAAAAUUUUCGAACGCAGAAAUAAUUGCAAACUACAUAUUAUUAAUAAUUUAAUUUUCGUUAUA